AUGCAGGAAGUUUGCCACGCCUUGAAUAAUUCCGGUCAAAAGCCAACGAUCUUACGGAAGGCUAUAGGCGUAGAUAGGCGCGCGCGAGAGAACGCGGGGCAUAUUCUGAACAAGGCUUUUCCAGGACAUACAUGGGCUCCACUGGGCCUCGAGGUGCCAAUAAUCACCUCCCAUGCUGCAAGUAAACAACAAGGAGGAAUCAAUGCUGUUCCAGAUGGCUGGCACACCCACAUGUUCGUGUAA